CCGCUUUCCGACGGAGCUGCCCGGGCGAGAUGGAGCGCUGCCCCCGAGGCCCGAGCGCCGCCCGCGACCCCGCGCUGGCCGGCCCUCGCUAACCGCUCGCACUGGCCCGGGCAUCCCCGCCACCGAGGCCUGUCGCCUGGGUCAGCGGUGUUGUUGUUGGAAAGAAGUGGGAGACAAGGAGCGAUGUGACGGAUCCCGCGGGGUCCGCUGGCAUUGAGGCCUGGUUGGCAUUUGCAGAGAGGAAAACAGAGCGAGAGGACCGUGGGUUUUAGAGGAGAGGGCAGUGGGAAGGGAGAGUGCGAAAAGAGAAACAAGAGUUUGAGGCUUUCUAUUAAAUUUGUUUGCUUGUGUGUGUGGGUAGGGGUGGGGUUGGUAAACUGCAUUUUGGCUCUGCAAGCCAAAGAAGCGUUUCCCAGGGUUAUUUUUCUAUUGAGAAGAGAGAAGUGGAUUAUUACAACACCCCCACCCCCCACCCCCGUUUGAUUCCAACCUUUUUUCUCAGUGACAAAGCAUAAAUCAUGGACACCAGAGAAUAAGGUGGACCCCAGGCACCCUCCCCCAGAAAAGGCUGAGGAGAUUCCAUUCUUCCUGGGGAGGGGUGAGCGGGGUGUUGUCGACCCUCUCUGGCACUGAGAGCCACGCACCAUGAGUUGUGUGCCUUGGAAAGGAGACAAGGCCAAGUGGGAGUCGGUGGAGCUGCCCCAGGCGGCACCCCCCCAGAUCUACCAUGAGAAGCAGCGCCGAGAGCUGUGUGCCCUCCAUGCCCUUAACAACGUCUUCCAGGACGGCGCCGCCUUCACCCGGGAAACGCUGCAGGAGAUUUUCCAGAGACUGUCCCCAAACACCAUGGUGACACCUCACAAGAAGAGCAUGCUGGGAAACGGGAACUACGACGUGAACGUCAUCAUGGCGGCCCUUCAAACCAAAGGCUACGAGGCUGUGUGGUGGGAUAAGCGCAGGGAUGUCGGCGUCCUGGCUCUUACCAACGUCAUGGGCUUCAUCAUGAAUCUGCCCUCCAGCCUGUGCUGGGGUCCAGUGAAGCUGCCCCUCAAAAGGCAGCACUGGAUCUGUGUGCGCGAGGUGGGCGGGGCCUACUACAACCUUGACUCCAAACUCAAGGUGCCCGAGUGGAUCGGAGGCGAGAGUGAGCUCAGGAAAUUUCUCAAACACCAUUUGCGAGGAAAGAACUGUGAACUCCUGCUGGUGGUCCCUGAGGAGGUGGAGGCCCGUCAGAGUUGGAGGACUGAUGUGUAACCCAGCCCCACCCCGGCUUCCCUGAGCCCCAGCCCUGGAGCCGCCUUGACGGGCUGUGGCCCACACAGCGGCUCUGCCCAGACCAUGUCCCCAAACAUCUCGUCAGGUUUGGCCACCCCUUCAACCUGACAGUGCAAUAGGACAGACGUGGGGACGGUUGGAAGAACCAGCAGUGUGGCUCGUUUCUGGGAAAGGCAGGGAGGAGCUCUUUGCACUUAGGGCAAGCCAUUGAAGACCCUUGAUUUUUAAGGGAGAGGUGGGGGGGAGGGGGUGUCCCGGAUUCUUUUUCACUUUCCUGGGAGGACUUGACGCAGGUUCUGCUGGAGUGAGUGGAUCGCUGCGGCUCGUCUCAUCUGGAGAUGCUGCCUCCACUGCCCCCAUCCUGGAAAGCCGCUGGGUCUGAAGACGCGGUGCCCACAGGUGCCCACAUAGCUUGACACGGGCUCGGAGGACCGAGAGCUGUGGGGUUGCUCAGGCAACCAGAUCUCAAGCCCUAGCAGCGGGACUGCGUGCUGCCUCCACCCCCUUUUUUUUAAAUCCCUGACGCUGAAAGGUGGUUUACGGCCAUCCUUGAAGUUUUAUAAUGAAAAGUUCUGUAAUAGUCCAAGCCGGGUGGUUGAGUCCUGCAAUACUCUAGUGCGACAGGGGUGAGAUUGACCUAAGGAUAUAGCCAAGCCCGACUCGGGCAGGCCCAGGUGGCUCGUCUCAGGAGCUCUCUCGUGGUUUUGUUCCUACCAUUUCACUACAUUUCUUUAGAAGGCCCUGGGGCAGGAGACAGGCAACACAUUUUCCAGGUGACCCAUCUGUCAGACGCAGUCACCUGUCAGCCUGUGAGAGCACAUUGCACUCUGUUGGGACAGAAUUGGCGGCAAGUGUUGUGAAGAUGAGCUGCUCAGGCUCGGGUCACCGUUGGGACCAGCAGCAGAGCCUGAGUCUGUGUUGUGUGCGGUAUGCUCUAGCCCUGGGCGUGGUCGUCACCCUUCUGAGGGUUCCUUCACAACUCACAAUUGGCCCGCCUCUUGAAAUAGUUAUGGGUCCCUAGUCCUGUAACACUGGGGCACAGCUGAGGAGGAGAGAAGUACGUCCCGCCCCACAGUCUUCAGUGGCGUGGUGUCCUCAGGCAGGGAGGCUCCAGUCCUCACACAUCAGCGCUCUUGCCAGGGCUGGGAGCUGCCCCACUGGCCAGACUUCUCAGCAGAGCCAGCCAGGCUGGCACCACGGGACGAAGCCCAGGCUUCCUCCCCACUGUGACUGGAGUGCAUGUUUACACCAGCACUUGUUCUGCACACCUAUCUCCAACACAACGAGGCUGGUUUUUUACGCCGAGUAACAGAAGCCACCAGGCAGCGGCUGCAGCAUCUCCUGUGCUGUUUUCCACAACAGACCUGCUCCGGCACCACAGGGAGCUCUCUCCGCCGGGACCGGCUCUGUACAACUACAUUCCAACCAGCAUCAGCCGGAAGUGACAGCCAACCUUGCUGUCACAGGCAGGACCCUGGGUCCACUGGCAAUGGCCAUGACAGUAAGCCAUUUCUUGGGAAGAGGAGGAAGCUCUUCCCCACAUCCCUGCUGAGCCCGUUGGCAGCACUCCUAGGAGCCCUGGGCACCUGGGCCCACCAGCCAGCUGGGCUAUGCAAAGACGCUGCAGCACUUCAGGGCGGUUUCUCUGUUCAUAUCAGAUUCUGGUGCUUAGGAACAGGGACCCAUGCUGAUGCCCAAGGGCAAAGAGGGCUACCUCUUUUAAGGAAGGGGGCAGGCCCAUCCCUGAUGCCCAGUGAAGGGCAACCCUAGGCUUUUUGUUUUUCUUGCUUUUAUUCCUUUUUGUCAUUGGCCUUGUGCUGGGUUUGUUUACAAAAGAUGUAUUUUGUUUAACCAAACAUUAAAAUUGGAAAACUCCAUACAUAAUUCUC